UUCACCAUGUUCAACCCACCCGCACCGUAUGACCCUACUGACACCAAAGGCUUCUCAUAUCAGACCGUUGUCCACCGUUGGCCUGUUAUAAUCACUGGCGUCCUCGACCGACUACAUCGUCUGAGCCAUGACAUAAUCAUAUCCGACGGCCCCGAAGAGGGAGAAUCGAAAGUCAAGGUCGAUGAAGCAAAGGACAUCAUUGCAAAGAUUAGCCGAUUGAAGUACGAGAUGGGACGCGAUCAUGUUCUGGAUCCAAUUCCAGACGACGGGGAGCCUUUUGAUAGGUAUAACGCUGAACUCCAACGCUUGGCCGAUAACUCCAAGAACACUUGGUUCACAGCGCCGUGGCUUUUUGCAGAAUGCUACCUAUACCGACUCCUUCGCUCGUAUUUCCUCCAAACGACACAGUGGUCUCAAUUCGAUCCGUUCUCCUUUCAGAAACAAGAAACCUUUCAACAAUCGGGGAGGGCGAUUGCUCAAAUCGCAAAGAGUAUGCACGAAGUGGACAUAGAGCAUCAAACCGUGGAAGCAGACACGAGCAAGCUCGCCAUAUUAUUCGCAGAAAUGAUUCAAAUGUGUCUCUGGGGAAACGCCACCGAUCUUUCUCUACUUACCCACUUGUCUUCCGCAGACAUUGAGCAUCUGCAAACCGUGGGCAAGGAUGCUCAAGAUGCACGACGAGAAUUCAUCCUACGGGAUGACCAAGCGAAGGUCUGGCAACAUAUCAGCGGUGUUCUCAAUGGCCAAGUCGACUUCGUCCUUGAUAACGAACUCAGUAACAGUUUACAGCUGUAUACGGAUCUCGUGUUCGCGGAUUUUCUUGUUACGCACACACCAUAUGUUUCUAGAGUCGUCUUCCAUCCCAAACUAAUCCCAUGGUUUGUUUCGGAUGUCACGCCUAGUGACUUUGCGAGCACUUUGACCUCACUGCUUGAUCCUACAUUCCUUUCACUCUCUGAAGAAGAUCAAGGAUAUGUGAAUAUCAUGGUAAACCGGUGGAAAGGAUAUAUCGACACCAAUGUUUUCUCUCUUUCGGUCCCCCAUUCUACACCACUUGGCGGUGGAUCGGAUUCAAACACGACAGAACUGGCCGGAUUCUGGACGGAAGCGGCACCAUACUGGGAGAUGGAGACGUUGGCACCUCGUCUCUGGCAGACCUUGAAGACCAGCAACCUCGUAAUAUUCAAAGGCGAUCUCAAUUAUCGCAAGCUCACUGGUGACGUGCAAUGGGAAGCAUGGACCGAUUUCUCUGUCGCGCUCGGCAACUUGAGUGGGUCGUUUCCAAUUUUAAGUCUCCGGACCAACAAAGCGGACGUUGUGGUUGGAGUUCCCCGCGAAGUUGCAGAGAAGUUAGAUGCGAGCGGAUCGAAAUGGAGGGUGGAUGGAAGGUAUGCGCUCAUAUCGUUCCUGCCAGCUGCAUAG